AUGAAGGACGAAGACAGAGCCGCUAUCAUAGUCACCCUCGUCGUGGUGGUCCCCGCAUGCCUUUUCUUCUGCUGUCUAUGCUUCGGCCUCCGCCAUCUGGCUCGCAGCAUGCACGAAGAAGACCAAAGCCCUGACCAGGACGAUCCGCAAGACCGGCAUAGUAGACCGAGGGAUGAGGAGGAGCUGAUUGGCUUGGAGGAUCUUUCGGGUGCUGCUGGGAGAGGGGAUCGGAACCGAGAUCAUGGGCAACAGCAGCAGCAGCAGCAGGGCGAGUAUUGGGAAGAGGAACGAAAAGCCGGUGGUCACCAGAAGCCGAUUCUUCUAUCACCGGAGGAGUCAGCAGUGCCGCCGCUGCCAGCGCCUAGGCCGGUGCGGCCGUGGGAGCGUCGACUGCGGGUGAUGGGUGGCGUGGCGUAUGAUCCUUCUUCUCCUCUGCCCCGGCUGCCUUCGCUUUCUCCUGCGCCUUCUUUGGCGACGAUGAUGUCUUUGUCGUCGUCUUUGUAUUCGUCAUCGUCGUCCUCGUCCUCACCCACCAUCUUCUCCUCCUACCUACCCCAAUCUCUCUCGGCGUGGACGUCUAAAGUUCCCGGUCUGAUCCCUAUACUCACUACUGCGGCGUCCGGCGGUCGUAGACGCGGUGUGCAGGAAAGGAAGACACCAAAGGUGGUGCGUUUUGCGGAUGAAGUGCCGCCCGACAUUAUCGUCAUACCCGCUACGCCAGAAUUGAAGCCACCGCCUUGCCCGUCAUGCAACGAGGAUGAUGGUGCUGGCGCUGGAGGAGGAUCUGUUGCUUCUUCUUCGACGGAUGAUGAGGACCAAGCAGUUAGUGCUGGUGAUAGUUUACCUUUGUCUGAGACAAGGUGCAGAUUGCCGAAUACUGAGUGGCAAUGCGGUCAGAUUGGCACUGCUGUCAGCGUGGCAUAG